AUGGUACGUCCCGCCUUCCCCCGCGCCCAGGCUGGGAUGGUGCGCGCCGCCUCCGCUCACCGCCCCUCCCCGUCGGUUUCCGCGCGAAAAGCCAGGGCCGCCUGUGCUGCCGCCUCCUCUGCUGCAGCUUCCGAAAUGCCUGCCCGCACUGCUCCGGCCCGCGUGCCCACGCUGUCCUCCCGGGCCAUCUCACUGCCCGACGAUGUCCGCAGGCGGCUCAAAGAUUUGGAAAGAGAUAGCUUAACGGAAAAGGAAUGUGUGAAGGAGAAACUGAAUCUCUUGCAUGAGUUUCUGCAAACAGAAAUAAAGAACCAAUUAUGUGACUUGGAAACCAAAUUACAUAAAGAAGAAUUAUCGGAGGAGGGCUACCUGGCUAAAGUCAAAUCCCUUUUAAAUAAAGAUUUGUCCUUGGAGAACGGAGCUCAUGCUCUCAGCCGGGAAGUGAAUGGAUGUCUAGAAAACGGGAGCCAGACAAGUGGUGAGGACCGCAGAGUGGGAAUGGCAGAGGAAAACAAAUCCCCCAAACCCGUUUCCAAACUUUACCUGCCCAGAAGAAGCAAGUCGGACAGCGAGGCAACAUCCGAAGUCUCGUCUAGCCCCAGGAUUACCAGGCAAACUGCCAGGCAGACCACGAUCACGUCUCACUUCGCAAGGGGUCCUGCCAAAAGGAAACCCGAGGAGGAGCCUGACAGGGUGAAACCAGAUGACUCUGUCGAUGAAGAAGAAAAAGACCAGGAGGAAAAGAGACGUCGAGUCACGCCCGGAGAACCAGUUUCUAGACCGCUCCCUGCUGCAGAACUGGAAAGAGUAAAACCAGGACCAUACACGGAGGAAGAGGAAGACAGAGAUGAGAAAGAAGAAAAGAGGCUCAGAAGUCAAACCAAAGAACAAACACCUAGACAGAAGGAGGAGAUGGACAGGGAGGCGAGACCAGGCGUUCAGACGGACAUGGAUGAAGGAGACGAGAAAGAUGAAAAGAGGUACAGAAGUCAAUCCAAAGAUCUAGCUGCCAAACGGAGACCUGAAGAAAAGGAAGCUGAAAGAGUAAAACCACAAGUUUCUGAUGAAAAAGAUGAGGAUGAAAAGGAGGAGAAGAGACGCAAAACUACAUCCAAAGAACUAACUGAGAAAAAAAUGGCUCGAACCAAAACAGUAAUGUCCUCUAAGACCCACCCGCCGCGGUGUGUUCAGUGCGGACAGUACCUGGACGACCCCGAGCUCAAGUACGAGCAGCACCCCGCCGACGCUGUGGAUGAGCCACAGCUAUUGACAAAUGAGAGACUGUCCAUCUUUGAUGCCAAUGAGUCUGGCUUCGAGAGCUACGAGGCCCUGCCGCAGCACAAACUGACAUGCUUCAGUGUGUACUGUAAACGUGGUCACCUGUGCCCGAUCGACACUGGCCUCAUCGAGAAGAAUGUUGAGCUCUUCUUUUCUGGUUCCGCAAAACCGAUAUAUGAUGACGAUCCAUCCCUUGAAGGUGGUGUUAAUGGCAAAAACCUUGGCCCCAUAAAUGAGUGGUGGAUCACUGGCUUUGACGGAGGGGAAAAGGCACUCAUUGGCUUCAGCACUUCCUUUGCCGAGUACAUCCUGAUGGAUCCCAACCCGGAGUACGCGCCGCUCUUCAGCGUGAUGCAGGAGAAGAUCUACAUCAGUAAAAUCGUAGUCGAGUUCCUGCAGGGCAACCCUGACUCAACCUAUGAGGACCUGAUCAAUAAGAUAGAGACCACUGUGCCCCCUUCUGUGCUCAACCUGAACCGGUUCACAGAGGACUCCCUCCUCCGACACGCCCAGUUUGUGGUGGAACAAGUCGAGAGCUACGACGAGGCGGGGGACAGUGAUGAGCAGCCCAUCUUCCUGACGCCCUGCAUGAGAGACCUCAUCAAGUUGGCUGGUGUCACACUGGGGAGGAGGCGAGCAGAAAGACGCCAGACCAUCGGGCACUCUGCCAGAGAGAAGGACAAAGGCCCCACAAAAGCCACCACCACCAAGCUGGUCUACCAGAUCUUUGACACUUUCUUCUCAGAGCAGAUUGAAAAGGAUGACAGGGAAGAUAAAGAGAACGCCUUUAAACGCCGGCGGUGUGGCGUCUGUGAGGUCUGUCAACAACCUGAGUGUGGGAAGUGUAAAGCUUGUAAGGAUAUGGUUAAGUUUGGUGGUACCGGACGGAGCAAACAGGCCUGCCAGGAAAGGAGGUGUCCCAACAUGGCCAUGAAGGAGGCAGACGAUGACGAAGAAGUCGAUGACAACAUCCCAGAGAUGCCAUCACCCAAAAAAAUGCAUCAAGGGAAGAAGAAGAAGCAGAACAAGAAUCGGAUCUCUUGGAUUGGAGAAGCCGUCAGGACUGACGGGAAGAAGAGUUACUAUAAGAAGGUAUGCAUUGACUUGGAAACCCUGGAAGUGGGGGACUGUGUCUCUGUCAUUCCAGAUGAUUCCUCAAAGCCACUGUAUCUAGCAAGGGUCACGGCGUUGUGGGAGGACAGCAGCAAUGGGCAGAUGUUUCACGCCCACUGGUUCUGUGCUGGGACAGACACAGUUCUCGGGGCCACGUCAGACCCCCUGGAGCUGUUCCUGGUAGACGAAUGUGAGGACAUGCAGCUGUCUUACAUUCACAGUAAGGUCAAGGUCGUCUACAGAGCUCCAUCAGAGAACUGGGCCUUGGAGGGAGGCAUGGAUCCGGAGGCCCUGAAGGCGGAGGAUGAUGGGAAGACCUAUUUCUACCAGCUCUGGUAUGAUCAAGACUAUGCGAGAUUUGAGUCACCUCCAAAAACCCAGCCCACAGAGGACAACAAGUAUAAGUUCUGCGCAAGCUGUGCCCGUCUGGUGGAAAUGAGGCAAAAAGAAAUUCCCAGGGUCAUGGAACAGCUCGAGGACCUGGACGGCCGGGUUCUCUACAGCUCGGCCACCAAGGAUGGCGUUCAGUAUCGGGUGGGCAGUGGCAUAUACCUCCUCCCUGAGGCCUUCACCUUCAACAUCAAACUGUCCAGUCCGGUGAAGCGCCCACGGAAGGAGCCUGUGGAUGAAGACCUAUACCCGGAACACUACCGGAAGUACUCCGACUACAUCAAAGGCAGCAAUUUGGACGCCCCUGAGCCGUACCGGAUUGGCCGCAUCAAAGAGAUCUUCUGCAGCAAGAAGAGUAACGGCAGGCCCAACGAAACAGACAUCAAGAUCAAACUCAACAAGUUCUACAGGCCGGAGAACACGCACAAGUCCACCCCCGCAAGUUACCACGCAGACAUCAACCUGCUUUACUGGAGUGACGAGGAGGCCGUGGUGGACUUCAAGGCUGUGCAGGGCCGCUGCACCGUGGAGUAUGGCGAGGACCUGCCAGAGUGUCUCCAGGACUUCUCAGCGGGCGGCCCAGAUCGCUUCUAUUUCCUCGAGGCCUAUAACGCCAAGAGCAAAACCUUCGAAGACCCCCCGAACCAUGCCCGUAGCCCUGGAAAUAAGGGGAAGGGGAAGGGCAAAGGGAAAGGCAGGGCAAAGGCUCAAACGUGUGAGCCCAGUGAACCCGAGGCCAAAAUCAAACUGCCUAAGCUGCGGACCCUGGAUGUGUUUUCUGGCUGUGGCGGACUGUCAGAGGGAUUCCACCAGGCAGGCAUCUCGGAAACACUGUGGGCCAUCGAGAUGUGGGACCCCGCGGCCCAGGCAUUCCGGCUAAACAACCCUGGCUCCACGGUGUUCACGGAGGACUGCAAUGUGCUGCUGAAGCUGGUCAUGGCUGGGGAGGCCACCAACUCCCGUGGCCAGAAGCUGCCUCAGAAGGGGGACGUGGAGAUGCUGUGCGGUGGGCCACCCUGCCAAGGGUUCAGUGGCAUGAACCGUUUCAACUCCCGUACCUACUCCAAGUUCAAGAACUCCCUGGUGGUUUCCUUCCUCAGCUACUGUGACUACUACCGGCCGCGGUAUUUCCUCCUGGAGAAUGUCAGGAACUUCGUGUCCUUCAAGCGCUCCAUGGUGCUGAAGCUCACCCUCCGCUGCCUGGUCCGCAUGGGCUACCAGUGCACCUUCGGCGUGCUGCAGGCUGGGCAGUACGGCGUAGCCCAGACGCGGAGGCGGGCCAUCAUCCUGGCGGCUGCCCCUGGAGAGAAGCUCCCCCUGUUCCCGGAGCCGCUGCACGUGUUUGCGCCCCGGGCCUGCCAGCUGAGUGUCGUCGUGGAUGACAAGAAGUUUGUAAGCAACAUAACCAGGUUGAGCUCGGGUCCGUUUCGAACCAUCACAGUACGGGACACGAUGUCUGACCUGCCUGAGGUCCGGAACGGAGCUUCAGCGCUGGAGAUCUCGUACAAUGGGGAGCCUCAGUCCUGGUUCCAGAGGCAGCUCCGGGGCUCGCAGUACCAGCCCAUCCUCAGGGACCACAUCUGUAAGGACAUGAGUGCGUUGGUGGCCGCCCGCAUGCGGCACAUCCCUCUGGCCCCAGGCUCAGACUGGCGCGACCUGCCCAACAUCGAAGUCCGGCUGUCAGAUGGCACGAUGGCCCGGAAGCUGCGGUAUACUUACCACGACAGGAAGAAUGGCUGCAGCUGCACCGGGGCCCUCCGUGGGGUCUGCUCCUGCGUGGAAGCCGGCAAAGCCUGUGACCCUGCUGCCAGACAGUUCAACACCCUCAUCCCCUGGUGCCUGCCCCACACUGGGAACAGGCACAACCACUGGGCUGGCCUCUAUGGGCGCCUGGAGUGGGAUGGCUUCUUCAGCACAACCGUCACCAACCCUGAGCCCAUGGGCAAGCAGGGCCGUGUGCUCCACCCCGAGCAGCACCGUGUUGUGAGUGUGCGGGAGUGCGCCCGCUCCCAGGGCUUCCCAGACACCUACCGGCUGUUUGGCAACAUCCUGGACAAGCACCGGCAGGUGGGCAACGCCGUGCCACCCCCCCUGGCCAAGGCCAUUGGCUUGGAGAUCAAGUGCUGCAUGUUGGCCAAAGCUCGAGAGAGUGCCUCAGAGCCUAGGAAGACCUCCCCUACCACAGGAUCAUAAACUUGUGUUUCCUUCCAUAUUUCCAUGACAUCUCAUUUGAACAGGUGAAUCAUUUUUGUAAGGAGGAAAAUGCCGCAAUUGCACGUGGUAAACACAGCUCGAUGUACCUGGUAAAGCUUCCCAUGUCAGAUUUUAUUUUUUAGAUACACCUUUUUUUUUCUCAUUUUAAAAAGUAUAGCAUGAGUAUAGUGGAAAAUAGCUUAAUAAGCCUUUUCUCCUUCCCAGGUACCUUUACUGAGACAACCGAAUCCUUGUCUACUGCCAUUCUGUGCCGAGUACAAACACGUGUGUCUGUCAUCUGUGCCCCAAAACUGUGGCAUCAAUUAAAG